UGUAAAAUAAAACUGACCAGAAACUUAAUAUUAGAUGGCAAUAACAGAAUAUUGAUUUAUUAAACGUAGUAUUGAAGUAGAGAUCAUCCUUUUUUGUAUUGUCGUAUGUUAAAUUAUGGUACAAAAAUUCAAGGAAGUUCUUAGUUUUACUUUAGUUAUUUUUACUUUGUUUUACAUAAAGACUACAGAGACAAACUUAGAAAUAUGUAAACCAUAUUUUUUUCCAAGAUUUCAACAGUGGUUUAUAUGGGGUCGGUUAUACUCUUAUUGUAUGCAUUUAAAGGUUAACAAUAGUCAGCCAAGUUCAUUAUUAGUUGAUGAAAAUUGUUAUAAUGUGCCUUGUAAAGAGUGUAUGACAGUGUGCACACUUUCGCUCCCUUUUAAUCUGACAAAAUGCCUUUCAAUUUGUACAACAACAUCUUGCAAAUUUGGAUGUCUGUUCUACAGUUAUAUUACAGAAAAUACUAGAGAAAAUUUUCAAAUUAAUGAACAAAACAGCCCUUAUAUCAAUUCAACAUUUCAAGUAACUCCAAUUGAAAAUAAUGAGUUGAAUAUUACUUUUGCGUGGCCAACUAUAUGGGCAAUUAACUCCUUUAUUCAAAGCAUAUAUUUGAUUACUAUUACUGUAGUAACAACAAGCUCUUCUAACACAGGCGUACUAGGUUUAGUGAGUGAAAACACAUUUAAUGUAAAUGAGCAACUUGUUUGUAAUAAUUUGGGGCCCAACAUAUUUGCUUAUGAUAAUGAAAUCAUGUUUCAACUGAAUAUUUAUCCUAUUAACUAUAAUGGGUACAAUGAAUCAAAUGUGAUAUCUUCAAGAUUAGCAACAUUUGCAAACAUCGUUAUUACAACCCUUUCAGUUAGUGGUCCUACUUAUACCUUUAAUAAUAAUUCUAUUAAAUUAUUGUGGAAUGCUCAAUGGACUUAUCCGAAAAAUUUGGAAACAAUUUGCAAACAUGUUGAGAUUAGGCGAUCGUUUCAACCAUUGAGUUUAAAUCUUAUCAAACUGUUGGGUAAUAAUAUAAAUGACCCUAGGGUUGUUGAAUUAAGAAUUAAGAGCGAAGUCAUCAGCUUCCCAAACACACAAGAUGAUUUACUGUCUAGUUGUAAUCUUUUUGUUGAAGUAAAACCAAGGAUUGGUCAAUGUAGUGUUGGUACUGCUACUAUAGUACCAGUUUAUUAUCGAGGUUGUCAAUAUGUUUCAAGCUAUGAUCCAAAUUAUUGCAUAAUAAGCAACACUUCAAGUUGUCAAUAUGUUUCAAGUUAUGAUCCAAAUUAUUGCAUAAUAAGCAACACUUCAAAACCCACUGUUCCACCAAUAACCAAGAAUUUUACGAUUAGUGAUCUAUUCUAUAUGAAGAUGUUUGAUAGUAAUUCUAGCCUCCAAUUUUACAACAUUACAGUUCUAUGGAUCAAACCUUUAUUUUCAGUUCCAAUAACACAGUAUAAAAUCGCAUAUGGUCAACUCUCAAAUACAUUGUUUCCUUUUCAAAAUUAUACAGAAAAAAUAAUUGCUUCUGAUGCAUUAUCCUACAACAUCACUAUGGUAACUCCAGGAAUAUUGCUUGGUGUUUAUCUUUAUGCAUUUACCGGAACUGCAAUAGAUUCUUAUAUGCCAUUAAAUGUCUCUGAUUAUUUAAUAAUACAAGUUCCACCUGCUCCAACCCAAUCCUCUAAAAGUACUGAAACAAUUUCACUUCCUUUACCAGCUUCAGGAAAUAUAAACAUAUCUACAAUCAUUGCUGCCAUCUUAGUACCUCUGCUUGUUAUUCUUGUCAUUCUUGUUACUGUUGUUGUUGUGAUGAAAAUUUGUAGGAAAAAAAUAAAAUCUCAACCAUCAAUCAGGAACCAAGAUCUUUGCACAAUGGAAGACUACAUAGGCUUUGAUUUUCAAGCAGAUGAAUGGGAGAUAUUUCCUAAUAGCAUUGUUUUAGAUAAGAAAAUUGGUGAAGGUGCAUUUGGAACUGUUUAUAUUGCAAAACUCAACGCAGAUGUUUUUGCUAAGACGAAAUAUGCAAGUCGACAAUCCAAAUCUGCUUUUCGUGCUACUAAUGUAGCCGUAAAGCUUUUAAAAGAUGGUGCCAGUCAUUCGGAAUACUCUGAUUUUAGAGAAGAAAUAGAUCUUAUGAAAGGAAUUGGGUAUCAUAAAAAUAUUGUUAAUAUGAUUGGCUGUUCAACAAUUAAGAAGCCAUUAUGUUUACUUGUUGAGUUUAUGGAGAAUGGAGAUUUGUUGCAGUUCUUGAGAAACAGACGCUCUAAGCUUUGUUCUUCAAAGAUUGAUGGAGAACCAGCUAUAAGCUUUAUGUACACACCAGGCUAUCAACAAUCUCUUGAGACAACAACUUCAGAUAGUUUCAUAGGAUUGAUGCCCAAUAAUGUAUCACUAGAUGAAGAAGUAAUAACACCUGAGGAUUUACUUAGUUUUGCAUGGCAAGUGGCAUCAGGAAUGGAAUAUCUUUCUUGUAUUAAAUUGGUACAUCGAGAUCUAGCGGCAAGAAAUAUCUUAGUUGGUGCUGAAAAGAAUGUGAAAAUAUCUGACUUUGGUCUUACACGAAAAGUCAAUGAUGAAUUAAAUUAUAUGAGCACAAAGAAUCGUCGUUUACCGGUCAAGUGGAUGUCAGUUGAAGCCAUAUUCGAUCAAAUGUUCACGUCAUUCAGCGAUGUAUGGGCGUAUGGCGUUGUAUUAUUUGAAAUUGUUACGUUAGGAGGAACGCCUUUUCCGACUAUAAGUAAUCGUGAACUUCUUAAUCUUUUGAAGUCUGGUUAUAGAAUGGAACGACCAGAAAAUUGUUCGGAACCCAUGUACUCUAUCAUGUUACACUGCUGGAAUGAAGAUCCAUUACAGAGACCUACCUUUACUGAGCUGCGUGAACACCUUGAAGAAAUAUUGUCCGAAGGCGAUCAUUAUUUUAGCUUCGAUAUUGACGAAGAAAAUACUUAUUAUAACGCAGCCUCUUUUAAUAGCUUACCGCCAGAAUCUAAUGAUGAUGUACUGGAGGAAGAGAUAUUUCGAAAGCCCGUGCAAGUAAAAUUUAAUUGAAGAACUUUCAAAUGUGAACGAAAGAUACACAUUUUCUGAAGCUUUGAAAUCUUAAACUGAACUUCGCGGUUUUCAAAGUCUAAAGCCUUGAAUGCAAAUUAGACACCGCCAUGUCUACUUAGCAUUUAAUUCUGUAAUAAAAACAAGUAUAGUAAUAGUGCGAAAUAAAUUAAAACAUUUUAAA